GGGCCACGCUAGCGCCAGUGCAGCGAUCCAAUCCAACCUCCCCGCGCCGCCCAGGAGCAAACGGCGAGCCCCCACCGCCGCAGCUCCGCCCACCGCGAUGCAGAUCCUCCGGCGGAACCUUCUCGAAGCUUCCCGCCGCCUCUUCCUCCUCCUCCGCUCCCCACCUCCCGCCACCCACCGCCACGCCCAUGCCGUCGCCACCCUCUCCGCGGCCCAGCGAGGCCCGUCCGCCGGCUCCCUCGCCGCCACGCCGUGGGCCGCCACGCAGCGCCGCGGCGCCAAGAUGCUCGGCUCGGACGUGAAGCUUGGAAAUGUAAUACAGAGAAGAGGCCGCAUUUAUCAGGUGAUAAAAUAUAAUCAUUCACAUCAAGGAAGAGGAGGAGCCACAAUACAGGUGGAAUUGAGGGAUGUUGACACUGGAAAUAAAACAGUAGAAAGAUUUCGUACUGAUGAGGCUCUUGAGAGAGUUUUUGUUGAGGAGAAAUCUUUUACAUAUCUAUAUCACGAAGGAGACAACGUGGCUCUUAUGGAGCCCAGCACCUUUGAGCAACUUGAAGUUUCGAAGGACCUGUUUGGCAAAGCCGCUGCAUAUCUGAAAGAUGAGAUGAAGGUGACUCUACAGUACUUUGAUGGCCGACCAUUGUCUGGCUCGGUGCCUCCUCGUGUGACUUGCACCGUUGUUGAAGCACAGCCUAAUACGAAAGGGCUAACUGCUCAACCACAAUAUAAAAGAGUUGUGCUGGAUAAUGGUCUUACAGUGCUUGCUCCCCCUUUUAUUGAAGUAGGCGAGAGCAUCGUUAUUAGUACUGUCGAUGACUCAUAUAUGACGAGGGCCUAAAUGCCGUCUCAUGCAGAUGGCAUGGUGUGCUCCAGUAUUGGGAUUGGACUCGUGCUUGCGUUCUUAGAUGUCUGCUUGUGUGAAUGACACUGCCUCCUCAGAAAAAAGCACCCAGCUUUACCAAGAGUUCAGUAUUCAACACAUUUGUUCUUAAUAGAUAAAAUUUGAAUAGGCUUCUCCUUUUGAAUUCUAGGGAAGCGCUGAUAAAGAAUGACUGAUGCGCUGUACACACUGACAUUGAAAUGUAUUGCCCUUGUAUAACUUUCAAUAUUGUGGAGUGAAAUAAUACUGGGAUGUGCUCAACAUCUGCAAUUCCACGCGGAAAUGCUGAUCAUAUAUCAAUAUGUUCUCUUAUUGUUCUUUGUA